UGAGGGAGGUCGACCAAGAAAGAACAGGAAAACACAGCAGGCAGCUUCUUCCCCACAUGCUGCUUUGCAGAACAACCCCAUGGUUCUUUAGGUAGCCAGAAUCCAAAUAGAUCAUCCCUGCAGGCUGCAGCAGGCUAGUUUCAGGACAGAGCCAUGCAGCCGCUCGGUUCAUCAUCCAGUAGUAGCAGCCGAUACACCAGAUCAUCCGUGCCUCUCUUUGGACUUGCUGUUGCUGUUCUGCUCUCCUUCACCUGUCCAGCAAGCUCCUGCACAGAGCAGGAGAGAAGCUCCCUUAUCGGCUUCCUGGGAGGGCUCGUGCCAGGAGGCAACGGCGGUCUCAACGUGUCAUGGGUGAAUGGCACAGACUGCUGCAACUGGGACGGGGUCAUCUGCGGCCGCGAUGGGACAGUCACAGAUGUCCUGCUGGCUUCCAGAGGUCUCAAAGGGGUCAUCUCACCAUCCCUCGGCAAUCUUACUGGCAUGUUGCGCCUCAACCUGUCCCGUAAUUCACUGGGAGGCAGCCUGCCAACCGAAUUGGUGUUCUCCAGAAGCAUUGUUGUCCUCGACGUCAGCUUCAACCACCUCAAUGGUCAUCUGCAAGAGCAUCAAGCCUCAAAUCCGGGCCUUCCUCUCCAGGUGCUGAAUAUCUCAAGCAACUUGUUUACAGGACAGUUUCCAUCCACAAUAUGGGAAGCCAUGAAGAACCUGGUUGCUCUUAAUGCUAGCAACAACAGCUUUACAGGACAAAUACCAUAUUCUAUCUGCAUCAACGCCCCAUCAUUUGCCAUGCUUGACCUAUGUUACAACCAAUUCAGCGGCAAUAUUUCCCCGGGACUUGGAAGUUGCUCCAUGCUGAAAGUGCUCAAGGCAGGCCACAAUGACCUUGCUGGAGCUCUCCCUGACGAACUCUUCAAUGCUACAUCACUGGAGGAACUCUCUCUACCAAACAAUGCAUUGCAAGGAGUUCUUGAUGGUGCCCUCAUAGUCAAGUUAAGCAGUCUGGCUGUCCUUAAUCUUGGAUCGAAUGGAAUCAUUGGAAAAAUUCCAGAUUCUAUAGGCCAGUUAAGAAUAUUGAAGGAUCUCUACUUGGACAACAACAAUAUGUCUGGUGAGCUGCCAUCGGCACUAGGUAACUGCACAAAUCUCAGAUAUAUUACCCUCAGAAACAACAGUUUUACCGGGGUUCUUAGCAAAGUCGAUUUCACCAUGUUGGAUCUGAGGAUAGCUGAUUUUUCAAUGAACCUCUUCACUGGUGCAAUUCCUGAAAGUAUCUACACAUGCACCAACCUAGUUGCAUUGCGCCUGGCUUUCAAUAAGUUCCAAGGCCAGCUCUCACCAAGCAUUGCCAAUCUCAGGUCCCUCUCCUUCUUUUCGAUUACCAACAACUCCUUUACAAAUAUCACAAAUGCACUUCAGGUGCUCAAGAAAUGUGAGAACCUCACCGCCCUGCUUAUUGGAACCAAUUUCAAGGGUGAAACCAUGCCACAGGAUGACAAAAUUGAUGGUUUUGAGAAGCUUCAGGUACUGACAAUAGAUGCUUGCCCAUUGGUUGGAAAAAUACCUCCUUGGAUAUCAAAGCUUGCAAAAUUGGAGAUGCUAGAUCUAUCAGUCAAUAACCUCACCGGACCAAUACCACCCUGGAUUGAUGGUCUGGGCUUUCUAUUCUUUCUAGACCUAUCAAGCAACAAACUGUCAGGGAACAUACCAGCUGCAUUGACAAAUAUGCCGAUGCUAAUGUCAGAGAAGAAUGCUGCCAAGUUGGACACGAGCUUCCUUGAGUUGCCUGUAUUUUGGACACCAUCACGUCAAUACAGAAUGGUCAGUGCUUUCCCCAUCAGUUUGAGUCUAGCCUGCAAUAAUUUCACUGGUGUAAUUCCCCCUGAGAUUGGUCAGCUAAAAAUGCUCGACGUAGUCAAUUUAAGCUCCAACAGCUUAACUGGUGAAAUACCAGAACAGAUCUGCAACCUCACAAACCUGCAAACCCUUGAUCUGUCAGGCAACCAGCUCACAGGUGCAAUACCAUCUGCAUUGAGUAAUAUGCACUUCCUUUCUAGAUUUGAUGUUUCCAACAACAAGCUAGAAGGACCAGUUCCAAGAGGAGGACAGUUUGAUUCCUUUUCAAAUUCAAGCUACAGUGGAAAUCCAAAACUAUGCGGCCCAAUGCUCAGCAAUAACUGCAGCUCAAGAGAAUCUUCAUUCUCCGCGAAGCGGAGGAACAAGAAGAUUAUUGCUGCGCUUGCAUUAGGUGUGUUCUUUGGAGGGCUUGCAGUCCUGUUUUUGCUGGGACGUGUUCUUAUGUCCUUCAGAAGAUCACACUCUGUCCACCAAAACAAGAGUAGCAAUAGCGGCGACAUAGAAGCAACUACAUGCACUUCUUCUUCGGAUGACUUGUGUAACAUGAUCAAAGGGACCAUUUUGUUUAUGGUACCACAAGGCAAGGGAGAAACAGACAAAAUCACCCUCAAAGAUAUCUUAAAAGCCACAAAUAACUUUAACCAGCAGAACAUUAUUGGAUGCGGAGGUAAUGGCCUAGUCUAUAAGGCAGAGCUACCCAACGGACCCAAGCUUGCCAUCAAGAAGCUCAACGGCGAAAUGUGUCUGAUGGAAAGAGAAUUCACUGCGGAGGUUGAAGCACUCACCGUGGCACAACAUGACAAUCUCGUGCCUCUAUGGGGUUACUACAUCCAGGGAAACUCAAGGCUCCUCAUAUAUUCUUACAUGGAGAAUGGGAGCCUGGAUGAUUGGCUUCACAACAGGGACAGCGCCAAGUCAUUGCUUGACUGGCCAACAAGGCUCAAGAUUGCACAAGGAGCAAGCCAGGGCCUUUCUUACAUCCACAAUAUCUGCAAGCCUCACAUUGUACAUCGUGAUAUCAAGUCCAGCAAUAUCCUUCUUGAUAGAGAAUUCAGAGCUUAUGUUGCAGAUUUUGGCCUUGCAAGAUUGAUCCGUCCCUUUGAUACACAUGUCUCAACUGAGCUAGUUGGCACUCUGGGUUAUAUUCCUCCCGAGUACGGACAUGCAUGGGUCGCUACACUGAGGGGAGAUAUGUACAGUUUUGGAGUGGUGUUGCUUGAGCUGCUCACGGGGAAAAGGCCUGUCGAGGUGUUGUCCAAGUCGAAGGAACUUGUCCAAUGGGUACGGGAGAUGAGGUCCCAGGGAAAGCAUACUGAUGUCUUGGAUCCAGCGCUGAAAGGAAGAGGACAUGAAGAGCAAAUGCUGAAGGUGCUUGAAGUUGCCUGCAAGUGUAUCAACCAUAAUCCUUGCCUGAGGCCAACCAUCCAAGAGGUAGCGUCCUGCCUGGACAACGCAGAUGCAAACCUGCAGGUGGAGAUGUAGUUAAAGAAGAACAGAAAUAGGUGGCAAGCUUGUACUUCGCUAGAGUAGGUGUAGAUUGAGUAGAAGCGUUGCUUUCUAACAUAUCGUACAGCCGUGUGUUUAGUGUACAUCUCUGUAAAGAAAAAGGCCCAGGGUUACAAGCCCCCCUGUUUAAUUUUGUUGUUUUGUGUGUGUAAACAUUGCAGCUCCAAACUCAGUUCCAUAAUUAGAGAAAAGUUGGUUCAAAGCUGCUGUAAAAUCUAUCUCCAGUUAUU